ACUAGUGUUGGUUGCCAAAAAGAAUUAGAGGGCCGGAGUGGGUCGGCGACCAGGCGGCGGAGGGAUGGAGGCCGCGGUGGUGAGCGCUCUGAUGACUAACAUCGUCGCGAGGCUCUUCGCCGUGCUAGAGCAGAGAUACGACCAGUUGAGUGCCCUGCAUGAUGAUAUCGAUUCUAUGAAAGCGGAGCUUCACCUGAUUGCUGGUGCGAUGGAGGAUCAGCUCGCGCAGAAGGGGCCCACCCGUGCUGUAGAGCGCAUAUCCAUGACUGUAUUGCGGGAAUUGGCAUUUGACAUCGAGGAUUGCCUGGACCGGUUCCUUCCUUGCGCUGCAUGUGGAGAAGAAGCGGGGUCAAUCGGCGAUCCAGUGUACUUUGUUGAUGAGAUUCAGAAACUGAAGAAGCGGCUGGAGGGGGCACAUCAGCAGAAAACAAAUUACGGUGUCAAGGGCGGCCAGCAGGAAGAUUCCCAAGAUCGUCAGGGGCAUCCAGUAGCUUCCCACGAUGCGGACACAUUUGAGGAACAUCAUCAUCAUGUGGGCAUCGAGAAACCCAAGCAGGAGGUUGUGGAUUUGCUAGAGGUGGAGGGAGACAAAAUGAUGGUGAUAUCCAUCGUCGGAUUUGGCGGCUCCGGAAAGACGGCACUCGCAAAGGCAGUGUAUCACUGCCCUCAAGUCCGCCGGAAAUUCCUUCGCCGUGCCUGGGUUGUGGCGUCGAAGCACAAAGACGACGCCAAGGGGCUCUUGACGGCGAUACUACAGCAGCUUCUUCCAAGCAAAGCACGAGCAGUGCUACCAACACAACAAGUACCCCAGCUCCAGCAGCACAUCAUACAUCAUCUGCAAGCUAGAAGCACAAGGGCAUAUUUCCAACAGCUGCCUCCUCGAGGCUUGGGCAUGGAGGUGGUCUUCUUUGGCCGAGGGCCAUCCUUACCAGUGACAUUUGCCGGUCGUGGGGCCGUGAAUCCACCACGACGAGCAGGGGCGGCGGCGGUAGUUGAGGGAAUGGCGACGGACGCGCCGACUAUGGCUAGGAGGCCAGGAGCGUCGCGGGGUCGGCUGCGGCGUUGGAGGAGCUGCCCAUGGCGACGUGCUGGCCGGCGGGCCGAUGGUGGCGCAACAGACCGGUCGCAGGAGGGUAGCAAAACGACUGUGGUUGGGCAUCGCGUGGGGGGCACUAUUUUACGGCAGCCGCCCAAAUGUUGUAUAUUUGCAGCACUUGAUGCCUCCUUUUAGGGCCGCGCAAGAAAAUUUUGCAAUUUUUGGAUGAUAGGG